AUGGGAGCCAAGGAUUCAAAAUCGGCUCUUGUUGAGUACGGCAACUACGAUUUGAAGACACGUCUGAAGGAGGCCAAGUGCACCAAGCGAUUGUCUUGCACUACGCUCCAACUUUCUACCAUUCCCAAGGAGAUACCGAAAUGGCACCACUUCGAGCGGCUGGAGCACCUCGACCUGAGCAAGAACAAGCUGGCCGACCUCCCCAUUGAAUUCGACCUCCUGGCCAAGAACCUGCGGCACCUCGAGCUGCAGUCCAACAACUUCUCCACCUUCCCCCAGGUCGUGCUCAAGCUCUCCAAGCUGGAGAUCCUCAACCUCAACAACAACAAGCUCACCAUGGAGACCUUUCCCACCGACGAGUUCAGUGCGAUGACGAGCCUGCAGAAGCUGCACCUGUGCUCCAACCACUUCCACGCGCUGCCCUACACGCAGCUCUCCGAGCUGGCCUUCAAGCACGCCCUCCACUGGCUCUCCAUCCAGCAGAACUACCUCGACCUCAGCGAAAUGCACGAUUUCCUGGAGCAGAUGGAGCGGAGUCAGUGCCGGGUGUCGUAUUGCCAUCAGCACAUUCCCCAGGUGGUGUGGAAGGACCCCUCGGGCAACUCCUCCGCCGCCAUCUAUCUCGGCGGCGUGCAUUCGGCCGAGAAUGUAAAGUGGCUGGAGGUGAAUCGAAUAAUCAACGUGCUCUCGGUGGGCGAGUUCCCGUUCAAGUCGGAGAAGAUCGGGGUCAAGCGACCGAAGCGAACAAAAACGGACGACCAGGAGGCGGCGGAGAGCGGUGCACCACCAAACGACGAAAACGACGACGACGAGGUGAUCGAUGGCGACGACGGCAGCAACAACAACGAAGACGACGAAGAGGCCAAGCGGGAGGCCAAGAAGGAGGCCUCCGUCAAGAGCCUCACCCGGCGGAUAUACCCGCCCCAUUUCAAGCAUGUAUUUAUAGAGAUCGACGAUGUCCCAUCGGCUGACCUGAUGCCGCACCUGGACCGAACCAACGACUUCAUCAAGGAGGUCAUCGGCUCCAACCAACGCAUCCUCAUCCACUGCACGAGCGUGGUGAUAGCGUACCUCAUCUCCGAGGUGGGGAUGAACUACGAAAAGGCCUUCAUGUCCCCGAACGAGGGGUUCGUGCAUCAGCUGCGAAAGUACCACAGACGACUCAAGAAGGCGCGCGAACUCGCUGCCGGCGAGCAGCAACUGCUCGAGAGCCAGGACAGCAACCUCGACGACUAA